AUGUUCAGCAGCAACAAAGCCCCAAACCACCGCCUCCGCAUCACCGCGGGACCGUGCUACGACCCCCAAACCCACCAAUUAGUCCACGUCAACGGACCCUCCCCGAUCCGCAUCCGCAGCCCGCACCUCACCGCCGACAUCUGGGUGCGCAUCAAGGAGUACACCGGCUACCCCGAGGGAUCCCCCAGAUCCAAUCCCUACUUCACGCACCCCACCACCGCCGCCAACCGGUACAGCAUCACCCUCUCCCUCGCCUUCGCGGACGAUGUCAACGGCGACGACCUCCUCUUCGGCAACGACUUCGACCACCCGAUCCGCGACUACCUGCCGCCGGGCUUCAACACCGCCUUCAAGGUCGUGAAAACGAUGCUCGACCCCUCCAUCGACGGCGACGCGUACAGCGACACACCGUACCUGUAUAGCCCGGCGUUGGCGUCGUGGAAUCAGUUCCGGGUCGGGGAGGUCGUUCCCCGGGAUACGAAGAAGCCAGCCGUGGAAGCGGAUCCGGUUGUUCUGGAGGGGGCGGAGGGGUCCGGGAAGGCAGUGCGGGAGAGUUGUGGAUUGCCCGCGGAUGCAGCGGCGCGGACGAAGUAUUUCCGCGACGAGGAGAAGCGGAAGGGGUUUGUGUUGGAGAAGGGGCGCGUGUAUGAGGCGGACUUUGGGAAUCCGUAUCUGGAUUUCGAGGAAUUCGCGGUCCAUGUCCCCGGGAUCACGCUGAAUAUCAGCAAGUAUGUGAGCGAGAAGAACAACGUGUUGCGGUACGUGUUGAAGAACCGGACGACCGGGGAGGAGUAUUUGGUCAUCGGGUUUACGGUUGUGCUGGACGGGGCGGAAGAGAAGACCGACGAUGGGGAUGAG